AUUAUUGAAUGUGAAAAAAAGUCGUGACGAUUUUUACAUGGAUAUAUAUAUAUCUACAUAUAUGCAUCAUAUAUUCCGUAUUAAAACAAUGUCUAUAGCAAUGAAAGAAUCAUUUUAUGAAAAAGUUCACAUAAAUCGGAAAAACCUUGAACUUUGACAAUGGAUAUACCCCUUUUCCCAACACCACCAAUUCUUGGGUGUGUUACAACGCCUGUUAGUGAUGUGAUAGACAUUGCAAAGUUGACACCUAUUUCAUUAUCCACUGUUACAUGUGCUCGUAAACAUGUCGAGACAAAAAUGCAUAAAGCUAUUGGAAUCCACAAGAUACGAUAUUUCACCAAUAGGAAUUUAAUAUAUCCAAGAGGCAAAAUCAAACAUCGUGUUACUGAAUUUCAUAUAACAAUGACAGAACCACAGAAGAAUAAUGAAAAUGAAGAUAAUGAUGACGUAGUUUAUGCGAUUGAUACACCUACGACGAUUUCAGAAGAAAUUUCUCCGCGAUAUAAAACAACGGAAAAUUUGGAAAAAUUAACAAAAUCAAUUGCUAUUCAAACAAUAGUUGGACUACCAUUACGAUUAAGAAUUUUACCAUCUGUUAAAGAUAUUGUUCAAGAAAAAUAUGUAAAUUCAACAGAUAUCGAAGGAUUUUCUAAAAUAUGGAAAUAUAUUAGAUUUGUAGGAAGAUUAUCACUUUCAUUAUUUGGAUUGGCAUGGCUAUUAACUAUUUGGGCUAUUGUUGGUGCAAUAGUUUUUUGUGCUAUUGAAGGACCACGAGAACGCGAACAAGUUAUAAAAUUAAAAAAUAUGCAGAAAGAUUUAGCAAUUGGUUUGGCAACAGAAUUGAGACAAUUGCGUACAGAAAAAGAAGAAGAUCUAGAGCCACUUUGGAGCAAUAAAGUGAAACAAUAUGUAACGAAACAUGAAGAAUUAUUAUUAAUGGCAGUUAAUUCUGGAUAUGGUGAAAAUGGAAAUAGUGGAGAACUUUGGACAUUUCCUGGUUGCAUCCUAUUUGCUCUUUCACUUCUCACCACUCUUGGUUUUGGUGCUCCGGUUCCACGAACUACAGCUGGUCGAACAGUAACCGUUAUUUUUGCAGCAAUUGGUAUACCUGCACAUUUUCUUUUAAUUAUGAAUCUUGGUCUUUUAUUAGCAGUGCGGUUACAAAGAUAUGCCAUAUCAAGAAAGUUUGUUGACCAAACAGAUUUAAGUUAUUUAACGCCAUCAAUGCCUAAAUGGAUUAAAGUAAUGCCCUUCGUUUGUGUAGCCACUUAUUAUCUAUUGGGAGUUCUAUGUUUUGGAGUAGCCAGAUCCAGGCCGAUUGCAGCAAGCGUUCUAUUUCCCUUAGAUUUUACGGCUGCUGGUGGUCUUUCAACAAUAGCUGGCUAUGUGCGAAUAUUAUAUGGUCUUUAUUUGGAAGGUGCCGUCACUAUUGCUGCUGUUGCAGUUGCAGUCUUGGGUGUAUCAACUACUCAAAGUUUAACCAAUAUUGGACUCAAAUACGGUUUAUUAAUCGAAGCUUAAUAUUCUUAAUAAAUAUUUUAAAUAUAUAAUAAACAUAACUAUAUAUGAAAAAUAAUUUUACUGAACCAUUUUAACAUAUUUUAUAUGAAAUGAACAUUAUGAAUAAAAAUAUUUUACAAACACAAUAUUAUAAUCGUAUUCACUUAGAAAUAUACAAAUA